UGGCUAUCCUUUAUUUUAGUUUUGUAUUGGUUAACAUUAAUUUAACAUAAAUAUAUGUUGAUUGUUAUUAUUACUAUCAUAUGAUUUUAUUCAUAUGAUUCAUAUGAAUAUAAUUGUAUAAUAUAUUAUUAUUGGUAUGACGACCAUGAUAAGAUAAUUUAAGCUUUCUCUGUUUUCUAAAUACCAUUUACAUUGUUGGGAUGUAUUUAUACUAUUCAUUUAUACGUGUGUUUAAAUAUCUCUGUAGAGAGAGAGAGAGGAGAGGACAAACUAUGUAUCUGAGAUCAGCAGCAAGAGGAUUUCUAGCUUUCCUUUUGUUGGUAUCAGCGCUACACGGUUAUCAUGACUGGACAGUUACUUACACAUCUAGUACGGUCUGUGCUUUAAGAGGAUCAACGGUUGAGGUCAGCUGCUCCUAUGAAUACCCUGAUAAACUGCAGAACCGCUCUACCCCGGUAGAAACACUGUGGUUUACUAAAGAAGACCACAGUCAGCCAGGGGGUCUGGUCAGCGAUACAGACUAUGCAGGUCGUGUUGAACGCAGCUGUGAAGAGCACAGCUGUUCUUUGUCAAGCUGCAGUGGAAAUUGUACCCUGAGAAUCAGAGACCUGAGACAGAGUGACUCUGCUGAGUACAAGGUCAGGUUCAUCACCAACCAACCAGGCGGGGAAUAUACUGGAGACCCCGGAGUGAAGUUAACUGUUACAGACCUCAAGGUGAAGGUACCACAUUGGAUCAGAUUGUGGAAAUACCUGGAGUGUCAGAGUAUGUGUGUUCUUUCUGAUCACCCUAAUUACGUCUGGUAUAAGAAUGGACAGCAUGCAGAAAGAGAAAUUACCAAAAUGUUUUACAUUAAAGAAGGAGACAGCGUUUCCUGUGCUGUUGAAGGAUCAGAGCGUUUCCACUCCCCUUUAGUGUGUGCCAAAGGAAUCAAAAAUCUUUGCAACAAAGUGACCUACUCCACCAGAACCAUGUGUGUCCUGCAAGGCACAUCAGUGGACAUCUCCUGCACAUACAGCACAUACAGAGGAUUAAAACUGAAGGAGAAAUACUGGUAUGCAUGGAGCAAUAACAACGAGCCCACGGACCUCCAGAAGGACUCUGAAUAUAAAGGACGUGUUCAGUACCCUGUGAAAGAGAGAGGAGGCUCCACUCUGAAAAUCACUGACCUCAGAGACACAGAUUCUGCAGAGUACCGUUUCAAAUAUAAAAGUAAAAGCCAUGAAUGGAAAAGUGCUUUACAUGGUACAACUCUGACUGUCACAGGCCUGAGAGUGGAGGGGGCUGCUGUUGCCCCGGUGACAGAGGGACAGAGAGUGACGUUGAGCUGUAGCACCAGGUGUCUGCUGCCUGGUCAAACCUCCUACAUCUGGUACCACAACAAGGGUCCUGUGGCCGAGCCAGAGAGCACAAUGAACAAGCUGGUUCUGGACCCGGUCGGCCUUCAGCAUGCUGGGAGUUACUCCUGCUCAGUCAGAGGCUACCCACACCAGUCUCCCGAAGAAACACUCACCGUUUCAUGCAUCAUGUGUAUACUAUGUCGUGAUUAAACUGUUUCUUGUUGGCUCAAUUGACUAGUUACUGGAUUUACUCUUGGGUGCAAUAACCCUGUUGAAUCAGAGGUGGUGCUGUAACUGAUGUUUGACAUGUGCCUUGGGGUGCUUUUUAAAUAUUAACGGUAUUCAAUAAGGCUUCAAUGAUACUAGCUUAACAUAUUGCCAUCUCCAUUAUACACUUGUGUAUGCAUUUUAACUAACACUUGUUAUUAUCACACCUGUUUUAUAAUGGUUGAAAUGUAAUUGUCAACAGGCGCUCCAAAGACCACCUCAGUGACAGUGAGUCCCUCCGGUGAAAAAGAGGAAGGCAGCUCAGUGACUCUGAGCUGCAGCAGUGAGGCCAAACCAGAAGCUAACUCCAGUUCAGUGGAGGAACCAGGACAGAUCCUCACCACCGCUGGCAUCACAUCUGAGCUGGGAGGUACCUAUUACUGUGAAGCUCACAAUGCAAUCGGACGUCAUAAUUCCACCUUUUUGUUCAUUAAUGGGACAGAGAUAGCCACACCAUCGUUACUCACAGCUGUCGCUUUAGGAACCACUGCUGUCUUACUGACCAUCAUUACCCUCCUUGUCGUCCUCUGGAUGAGAAGAAAGAUGGCAUCCGGAAAAGCAUCUGGACCAGCAGGAAGGCCAGAUACCACAGAGGCACUUCCUGUGUAUGAGAACGCCUCAGCUCUAACCAAUCGCCCGGCACCUGCAGCACAGAGACAACCCAUUGAACGGCAGGAGGAACUUCACUAUGGCGACAUCCAACAUCCACAUCACUCGGAGAUGCAGGAAGCGCCUCGCUGUUUGGCCGGCUCACUCGUCCGGUCGGAUCAGACGCAGCAGGUUGUUUACUCAGGCGUCAACUUUAAAGGACCUGAUGCUGUCCUUGAAUUGACAGUCCUGCCUGUCACAGCCCCGUCAGGUUUGAACCAGUAGAGGCAGCAGGAUUUAAAUAAUGGUUGGGCCUUGUGAGUGUGUUCAAUCAAGGUGUCUCAGUCUUUCAGUUUGGAAAACACCCUGGUGAAGAAAUGGGAUCACUUUCAUUAACAGAAGGCCUAACCUUCCCAUCUGAAAUAUUUGAAAGCUUGAGUAAGCGAGCAUAGCACUGCACUGGCCGUUUCUUCUGCCCUCUGUGGCUGCAGAAGGAGCUAAAGCAACGGGACAUAAUCACAACAACUUUAUUUAAACCCAAUGUAAACCAGAGGCUCAAACUACUAGAUGUUUCAAUAUUUGCAUUAUUUUGCUCUGUUGUAUGUUUUAUGAAGCUUUAUGAACCUGAUGCACUUGCCUUUGCUUCUACUUUGAAUUGCGAUUCUUUCCUACAUCAAUAAAAUAAAAUAAAAAUCA